UUUUAUUUAAAAUAAAAUUGAUUUCAUACCCCAGAUAUGUUUUGGCGGGAUCCGGAAGAGACCGAUAUUUUCGCGUUUUUUUUAACUCUUUCCUUGACAAGCGUUUGUGAAAGGAUUGAAGGGAGAGUGAAAAGCAUUGUUCGAACCACAUGCAAACUGGGGAUUGGGUGAGUCCGAAGGUUCUGGAUCUCAUUCCUACAGAGGAGGGAAGCAGCCCCCUCGAUCCCAACCUCGACUGGAGCUGAGAGCAUCUUGAACUCACAAAAAGGAGAGAGGUGCAUUGCAUGCAAUGGAACUCUCACAGACAUUAAACAUCAACAUGUUCAAACUUGCUUCAGUCUUCCAUUUGAUUUUGGUGUGUCGAGGAGCAUUGUAUGCCAGACCUGAUACGGUCACUAAUGCCGCUGCAGGACAAACGGUGAUGUUUCCCAUAGAGUACCAAAGCAACGAAGAUCAGUAUGACAUUACAUUUAGAUUAAAAUUUCCACAGCUCUUUAAAAUUUUAACAUGGAAAUCCAUUAAUUCGAAGAGUCUGCUUAUUGUGCACCCACAAUAUAAAAACAGAGCUACAAUCAAAAGCAAAUCGGUGGUGUUAUAUAAUGUACAAGUUAAUGACAGUGGAGAGUAUCAAAUACGAACCGACUACUAUGGGCCAGAACUGAAAAACCAUGAUCAAAGUACUUUCAUGAUUCAAGUCUUUGAACCAGUUUCUCAACCUGUAGCAGAGACUUUUAGUCAUGGUCAGAAUGCACCCAACAUCACUUUGACCUGCUCUGUCUCCAAUGAAAGAGUCAUGAUUUACUGGGAAAAAAUAUCCUUAUCUGGAGUCAUCAUUGAGACAUAUACUAACACAGUCCUUGUGAUAGACUGUUCUGCUGAAGAGGAACAAUAUGAGUACAGGUGCAUUGCAAAAAAUCCUGUCAGUAAUGCAUCCAGCAGUGAAGUAUCUGUCAACUUGUGUAACAUCAGAAAUCUGAAUGGUAAUAGGAAUUACCUGAUGAUCCUGAUCCCUCUGGCGAUGUUGUUGGCAAUUUCACUCUUUGCCUCUGCAAAAUUACUUUUGUAAAAGUGUGUCUUUUUUAGGUUUCUGAAUGACCGAUUCUACUGCACAUACCAUGGAAUUUGAUGAUCAUCUUCAAAACUGACUCGGAAACCCUCACAUACCUGUCCAAAAUUCACCAACCCUUACUGGAAUCUACAGACCCUGGCAACUAAUGACGGCUCAUCUCUCUACAGCAUCUUUCACUGACUACAAGCAUCACCGACUGCGUCUUGGUAAUUGACCCAAGCAAUGAAGUCCCAAGGCUUAACCUUGCAAGGACACCCCUCAACUACCUGAGUAUAGUCUGGUGAAGAUGUGAUCACCUGCUCCACAAAUGGAAUAUGAGAAACUGUCUCAUUUAUAACAGUGGUCAUCAAAAUACUGCACACCUGCCCUGACAUCUCCAUUUCUGGGGCCAUCACAGCUAUUCACACUGCCUUAUUUGAAAACAUUAAAUGGAUUGCUGACCUUAACAAUGAACCACAAUUAUACUGCAGCUAUGUAAAUAUAUACCUCCUAAAUGGUGCUGAAUGGAACUGAUUUCUGCACUAUCUGUUGACCAGGAACCCCGCUUGCUAUCAAAUUGUAGAACAUUGUAAACCCAAAGUUCACUACAAUAUAGUAAUGUAAUAAUUUUUUAAAAAAAAGAAUAAACACAAAGAAUUGCUUUUAAUAAAUUGAAUUUUUCCAUGAAUAAUUGAUGAC